AUGACCCGAGCACACGCCAUCGAGACCAGACUGGAGAAGCUGGUGCCCGCCCUCGAUGAGUAUUACACGAGCGGCUUCCUCACGCGCGAAGAGACGGUCGAGGUGUCACGGCAGCGUCAGCACUGGGAGUUCCGUCUCGUUGCCAAGCCCCUUCUCCUCCUCGAUGUGCGCGGGGCCAUCACGUACGAGCUGGGGCUCGAGAAGCGUCUCCGGGAGUACUGCAUCUACACGAAGCUUAACCUGCAGCACCGCUGGGAUAUCGUUGACCGCAUCGAGGGCAUCUACAAGAUCGGCCUCAAGCACCUGCGCAACAAGGCAGAGCACGAGGCACUGCGGCAGGAGUGCGUGCUGUUUAUGAAGCAGUUCCAGCGCAAUGGCAGCCUCAGCAACCUCUACGGUGAGCUCAUGGUGAUGCACCCGCGGCGCAGCGACAUCUGGGUAGAGGCGGCGGAAUGGCAGGGGUUCUCGCAGCGCAACACAGACAACGCCCGGGCAAUCAUCCAGCAGGCGCUGCUGACCAUGUCAUCAGAGCCCGUGGUGUGGGCCUGCGCGCUGCGUGUGGAGCUACAGUUUGUGCAGCGUCUCCUUGAAGGGCUGCUGGCCGAGCACCGCGAGGAGGUGCGUAAGGCGCGCAAGCGCGCGGCGAAGGCGACCGAGGACGGCGACGAGGAGAACCGCGCCAACGAUGCCAUGACCGCAGCUGAGGAGGGGGAGGCCACGUCGGCGAUAGCACCGAAGCUGCGGGCCGAAAACGAGGACAUGGCUCACGUGCUGCUCGACCUUGCUUUAGCCAAGACAGUUGUGGAGGAAGCAUUUGACAGCCCUGCUAGUGGGACGGUGCUGCUGGAGCAGCUGCUGGCGGUCGCGGGCACCUACGCCUUUGCGCGCGAGGUGGUGGAGCUUGCCGUGACGACGGCGGCGCACAAGAUGGCCGAGGCCUGCAGCGGGUCUGCUGACGUGACAGUAGCGGCAGCGCGCGUCUGUGGCGCUCGCGGUGCAUCGGCCUCGUCCUCCCUCACCAUUGCAUCCGACCAGCAGCAGCUCCGUGUGCGCACGCAAUGGCGUCACCGACACAGCAUUGACACUGUCUUUGCGCACUAUCUCGCCCUGGAGGAUCUGGUCAUGAACCGGUACACGACGGCCAUAGUAGACACCACCGCCUACCUCGCCGACGGCGGCAGCGGAGGCAUCUCGACCGCAAAGCGGCGAAACCAGCAGGCGCAGCAGCCGACUGCUGGCGCCUCACUCCUGACCCCGUCAGAGGAGGACCGCCGUCGUGCUGCUGUCAAGGCAGUCGUUUCACUUUUGGCGUUUUCGUUCACGCCGACAUCGGCGCUGGCGGAGUUGUCCGGCAUCGUGGCAGCUGACACGGACUCGACGAAACGCUUUCCGGCUGUGCGGCGGGCCUUUGCAGAGGCCCUGCGUCGCGUCGCCACCGUGUCGGCUGAGGGGGUGUCGCGGGUGUGCGCGCAUCUGCUGCGAACCCCGGCAACCGCUGCUGCCAGCACCGCAGCAUCGACGACGACAGCCAACAAAAGCAAGAGGAAAGACGCGCGGCAGACCCACACAACACUGGACAUGGCGGCGGCGGUCCAGUGGCUUCUGGGGCAGCCGCAUCUCGACAAGGCAACCCUACACGCGUGCGUCACGGAGCCGCGGGAGCGCACGGAGAGGCUGCUGAGGGAGGUGACUUCGGCGGCUGACAUGCACCCGCCUGCCAAGUCGCGCGCUAGACACGAGGCCCCCGCCGGCACCGCCGGUGCUGCGGCGCUUAUGACGUGGUCGGUAGUCCAGCUGGAGCAUUUCUUGCAGGCGGCGGACAGGGAUGCGCUGGUACAAGGCGCCGGUGACGGUGUCGGGGGCUUUGCCAGCGUGCCGCCGUACUCGCCGCUCAAGACCGCCGCAGCGAUGACCACGGAAGACGUGGAGCGCUUCAUUGUGUGGUGGAAGGAGGAGGAGGCGGUACUGCGUGGACAGCAGGAGGAGGGGGGUGACUCUGGCGGCGCACUCGCCGCUUCGCGAACGCGCCGUCGCCUGGCGGCGAUGAAGUUACUACACCAGCACGGCCUCCUGCCUUCUGUGGACAUGCCCGCUUCUGCAAAGAAGAAGAGCAGCGGCAACAAGAGGGAGCUGCUGAAGGGUGGCAUCAGCGACGCUGCUAGUGAAGACGCGUGGGCCAAGGCGCAAGGCGCGCUGCUAAAUCGAUCCAGCGCACUGCAGUUUGUUCCAGUCGCGGGUGCGACUGCACCAGCACGGCUCCCGCUCUCUCUGUGGCGCUUUUUUAGCGCCUUGGAGAAGUUGGAGGGGCCGACGCAGAUGAGGGAGAAGGCUCCCCGGGCUCACGCGGCGGUCUCGCGCAGUGGCCGCAACGGCAGUGACAGCGACGACGAUCACGACAAUGAGACCAGCGGUAGCGGCGUAGCGGCGGGGUGCAAGUAUGCGGAGGGGUCGUCUUCCAGCACGCGGCUUUCGAGUUUCGCCGCAGCUGGGCUGCUCUUUUUGAGUGGGGUGCCGCACAGCACGCUCAGCCGCGAAGAGGAGUGGGUGCGGCUGGAGGGAGUAACCUCGCUGCUGCGGUGUCGGCUGUUCUCCUGGCUGGGACGUCGAGUGUGCACCCGCGACACCGUUGCCGAAACACUGCAGCGCGCCGAGAGCAACCUCGCAGAGGCUUGGAUCGCUGACCUGCAAGGGCUGCUGGCGCUGGCGCAGCGGUGUCAGCCGCUGCCCCGCUUCGCGCAGACGCACUGCGUGCUUCCAUUUUUGGAGGGCGUCGCACUUUUUCGCUCUGCCUGCACACCUGGGACAGCUCUAUCUGCUCUGUCACGCAACGUGUCUCAGCCUGCCAAGGUCACCCGCGAUGCUGUGCAGGCGGCGCGAGAGGCGUAUGAGGCGCUGCUGCAGCUGUACGGCGUCUCCAAACACCCCGAGUCUUUUCUCCCCCUUGUGUACGACGGCACAUCGACCAAGAAGCUCGCCCAGCAGGCAGCUACCACGCCGAGCGUGUGCUUCAAGGCAUCGACAGCGGAGGUGCAGCGGGCCAACGCCGAGGACUGGGUGGCGUACGUGCUGUUCGAGCGCAUCGUAUCCAAAGAUUUGCUGAGGGCCAAGGCAGUUGUGGAGCAGGCACGUCGGGCCUCUCUGGCACCGCAGAUCUUCAUGGUGAGGCUGAGCGCGCUGUAG